GGCGUCCGCGGCGGCCCCGCUGCGGCCCGAGCGGCCUGGCUGCGGGAUCUUUGCGCAGCGAUGGCACGACCGCCCCGGCAGCGCCCGGGGCCCUGGGUGCCGCUGCUCUUGCUGCUGCUGGCGGGGCCCGGCACCUGCGCCGCCAGCCCCGCAGACGACGGCGCGGGCCCCGGGGGUCGGGGACCCCGGGGCCGCGCGCGGGGGGACGCGGGCGCCGACGAGGCGGUGCCGCGCCACGACUCUUCCUACGGCACGUUCGCCGGGGAGUUCUACGACCUGCGCUACCUGUCCGAGGAGGGUUACCCUUUCCCUACUGCUCCUCCUGUGGAUCCAUUUGCCAAAAUCAAAGUGGAUGACUGUGGAAAAACUAAGGGAUGCUUUAGAUACGGCAAGCCAGGCUGUAAUGCGGAGACGUGUGACUACUUCCUUAGCUACCGGAUGAUCGGGGCCGAUGUGGAAUUUGAGCUGAGUGCUGACACAGAUGGCUGGGUAGCAGUUGGAUUCUCUUCAGACAAGAAAAUGGGUGGUGAUGACGUCAUGGCCUGUGUCCACGAUGACAAUGGGAGGGUCCGCAUACAGCACUUUUAUAAUGUAGGCCAGUGGGCAAAGGAGAUCCAGAGAAAUCCUGCCAGAGAUGAAGAAGGAGUCUUUGAGAACAAUCGGGUCACCUGCAGAUUUAAACGCCCCGUGAACGUUCCCAGAGAUGAAACAAUUGUCGAUCUGCAUUUGAGUUGGUAUUAUCUGUUUGCCUGGGGUCCAGCCAUUCAGGGCUCUAUCACCCGACACGACAUAGACUCACCACCGACUUCAGAGCGUGUUGUCAGUAUUUACAAGUAUGAAGACAUUUUUAUGCCAUCAGCUGCCUAUCAGACCUUCUCCUCCCCAUUUUGUUUGCUUCUCAUUGUUGCCCUGACCUUCUACUUAUUGAUGGGAACCCCUUAAACACAGCUGCAAAGCCAACAUAUUAAAUGGAUUAGAAAGUCUUUAGUAUAAAUAUAUUUUUUAAGAAUAUGCAGUAUAAUUUUAGCUUUUCUUAUUUAAAAAAAGACUCCUAUGAUUUCAGUUUUUGGAAGAAAGAGCAAGCUGCUUUUCUAAUCAAAGAGGAUUGUUUAAUAUUGAUCCCAUACUUUUGGAAAGUACUUAAAAAUUUUUCUAAGCACUUUCAAAUGUGUUUUCUUAUUUGAGCUUCAAAACAUCUCUGAGUUGGCUUGAUGAAAAUGAUCAGUGCCACCUUACUGAAUGGGAUUUGAGGUCGAGGAAAGCUGCCUUUUUUGGUGACCCACAUACCAUGUGGCCUUGGCUACUUGGUCAGAUAACACAUAACAAGGUAGAGAAAGAGCUAGGCAUACAGCUUCUAAACAACCUUUAUUCUUCCAGCUACAGCUCAGGAGAGUUACUUGGAGCAUUACUAAAGAGAACUUUACUGGAUGGCCCUAGUUCACAAUCAACCUUUUAGGCAGAAGAAGUUUCAAAUUUCCAUAAAUGCAUUUGGAUAUUUACACAGCUGAUGGGGAGAAUGGGAAAGAUUAUAAUGAUAAGAAAAUGGUCCAUACUAAGAGGAAAUUUCUUCUCAGUCAGUGAGCAGUUCUGAGAAAAUAUUUUUUAUUGCUGUUUGGAAAGGUUAGGAAUGGAACUGUGAGUGUUCCUGAAGAUGUAAAACUAUAUUAAUGAUAAAAAAAAAAAGGCAUUAUUAGCGGUUAGAAUUUGGACUCUUCUCUCACUGUAUUUUAUAAAUUAAACAAUUCAUGUGUUGUUACAGCUAAUUCUGUUGUCAGACUUGACAUCUGCUGAGUAUGAUUAAAUAUGUAUUAUAAUAGACAAAUCAUCUUAAUAAAAAUUUAAGGCAUUUUGAAAAUAAACAUUUUUGGAGAUGGUGGAGAUUUGGAGUAGAAACUUUUUAAAGAUGACAUUUCUUUUUUAAAUCAGAAAGUGGGAGAUGACCCCUAGAGUGAAUUCACCUAGAGUUUCCGUUCAACAUGUUUGGACUUGUAAACUGGACCAGCAGUCAGCAGAACUUAUAAUGCCUUGACUUAAUGCAUCUCCUUUUUUCAAAGGAACCCAAAUGUUCCUUUGUCCCAAAUGUCUGUGCUAACAGCCCAUUCAGAGGAAAAGAGUCUAUGGGUGUCAUUGAGUUGCUGAUGGAUUUCCACUGGAGAGUUUUGCAGUCCUCUGGCUUGCUUUAGAGCUGGAUUUGUGGAUUUUGUGAUUAAACAAGACUGGAGAUUGAUUUCUAAUGCCAUCCUUGAAAUUCACUGUCAGGGUGAAAGUCCGCCUGGGGGGUAGGGAGAGAACUUUUAAAUUCUGGAACUGUACAAAAAUAAGGAAAACAUUGUGAUUCUGUGACACACAGUCUACCAAGUGACGUAGGAAAAAUAAUCCUCAUUGCAGAUGGAGGGAGGUUAAAUGACAUUAGGUAAGCAAAAGAACUGGGUAGGAUUCAAACUCAGGUCAUCUGGUUCAAGUCUGUGGCUCCACCUCGCUGCCAUGGCCUUGGAACUGAGCCCUCCAGUCCCGGCUGAGGGUGGCCUUUGCACACCUUCUAAGCUAUCAUGCUUUUUCAGUAGUGAGGAUACAGCGUAUGCAAGCACCCACUUUGUAAAUAAGAAGGCAAAUAUUUUUAUACUUCACUCUCUGAUGUAUAUGGUAUUUCAGCUAUAAAUAGGUUAAGACUAAAGAGAGACAGGCUAGCCUCUGUAGCAGGCAGGGAAGGAACACAACGGAUUUUUCAUCUGCUUGCGUUCCAGGUCAAGCUAUUUAUUUCACGAAUUGUUUCCACUUUGACGACCAGUCUUGCAUAUUUGUGCUUAGAACUUUCUCUGACUUCUUAUUGCCAUUCGGGUAAAAUGCAGUCCAUUUUGAUUACUUCCCAAAUCAUCCUUUUUUUUUUUAAGAUUUUAUUUAUUUAUUUGACAGAGAGACACAGCGAGAGAGGGAACACAAGCAGGGGGAGUGGGAGAGGGAGAAGCAGGCUUCCCGAGGAGCAGGGAGCCUGAUGUGGGGCUCGAUCCCAGGACCCUGGAAUCGUGACCUGAGCUGAAGGCAGACGCUUAACAACUGAGCCACCCAGGCGCCCCUCUCCCAAAACAUCUUUUGCCACCACUCCUCACUUGCCAUGUCCACGCAAGGCAGCUGCUCUCAACUCCCCUCUCAUGGUGUUGCCUGUGCCCAGAUGUCUCCCACUUCCUGUGCUUGCUGAUCUCCUGCUUACCUUUCAGGGCACAUCUUCGGUAUUUGUUCCUCCAGUCCCCUGGACUAGAUAGGUUUAAGUCCCCACCUCGUGCUCCCACAGCACACUGGGCUUCCCCAUCCAGCUGUCCAUCACACUUUACUGCAAUCCCUUGCUCGCCCUCCCUUGCUCGCUCCCCAAUGCAGGGACCAUUUCUUGCUAUUCAUGGUUGUAACAGACACCGCUACACCAUUGGCGCUCAGCAAACACUUGUUGGACAGAAAAAAGUAGAUGAAACUGUACUUCCGUGGCAAGUUUGUUUGGUUCAGAGGCUUGUAUUUCAUAUACAAUGCCAGACCAGCAUUUUUAUAUUCUUCCACUUGUGAUCAAACCAUAAACCAGUUCUUUAGCAAACACUGAACUUUUGAAACACAUAUAGAAAGUCGGUUCUGUUUUGCCCUGCAGUGAACCUUAAUUGAUAUUCUGAACAAUAAUUAUUGUUUGCAAAUAAGAACUAACAAACCAGGAAUGCAGAACAGCAUUUGACUCAUUCCAGAGGAUUGUUAGUUUAUAGGCACACUGAAAUUAAAAUUCUGUAGACUUCAACUUCAUUUCUUUUUACCUAAUAUGAGAAUAAAUUUCCAUUUUAUCUCUGUAUUCCCAUUUUCCAACAUAGUACUUGUCACAGAGGAGAUGCCUAACCAAUAUUAUUUUUUUCCUAAAAUGCCCAAGUAGAACCAUAGUAACAGCUAAAUGUGUUUAUUAGUGCUGUUCUAAGCACCUUAUGUGGAUUAACCCAUUUAAUCCUCACAAUCCCCACAGGAAGUAGAUUCUACUAUUAAUCCAAUUUUACAGAUGAAGAAACUGAGGCUAGUCAUUUGGCAUAAAUGACCAGUGCUGGCCAUUUAAUCUAAUGCCCUUACUUGACAAAGGGGCAGCUGAGGCCUAGGAAGGUGAAAGGACUUCCUACACAUUCGUGUCUUUAUGCAUACUCAUUAAGGUGUUUAUUAAAUGGAAUCCACCAUGCACACUCAAAUUAGGUAGGUGCUUUUUCCCUCCUUUACUGAUUCACAAUAAGUAGGAGGACUUUUAUAGUUCUGUUUGGGGAAGGAGGUACAUUUCUCUUUCUAUAACUUUCUUCUCAAAAACAUUUAGAAUCUUUAUCAGCUAUUUAGUGCUUUUAAUAGGUUUUUUUAAAAAAUACACAGAUUGGACAAUACUAGAAGAAUGUAUUUGUCUUAGUUAAUUUUUAAAAGUGAUUUGCCUAAAACCCCAGGUCUUCUCAUUUAGAACCCAAUGCCCUCUUAUUGCUCCACUGUAGUCUCCAAGCUGAAUUUAUAACCAUGAUUUCAGACAAAAUGCAGGAGCCAUAUUUAAUGAUCUUAAGUUGGCGUUUGUCAUUAAGGACACCGGAAAGUUUGGACAACUCAGGGAUGGAUUUUUCAUCCCAGACAGUUUUUACUACAAUUUCUGUAAUUAAGUUUACUGUCUAUAUUCUGGAUUUUGUGCUUCCAAGAUAUUGCCACUGAGGUUAUGUGUCAUUCUCAGGCCUAGCCUGGGGUCCGCAAACUUUCUGUAAAGGGCCAGAUGGUAGAGAAGUUUAGGCUCUGCGGUCUCUGUUUCAGCUGCUCAGCUCUGUUGCAGUCAAUUCAGAACUGGGUAAGCAGAAGUUUUAAUUUCUCUAAGCUGUGGCCAUCAUGAAUGACUUUUACUAUUGAAUUGCUCUUGUGGGCAUUAUAGUGUUUCAGAGUAAUUUAUUUCCCUGUAGAUUUCUUUUUAAGCGUUAUCUAAAUCUGUUAUGCCCAGGGGAGAGUUUUACACACACGACUAUGGCAUCUCCCUCAUGUAUCCUCAUGGAAAAAUAUUUGAGAACUCCUUCACUAGGCCAGAUGCUGAGAUGUGUAUAUGGAAAAAUAUUUGAGAACUCCUUCACUAGGCCAGAUGCUGAGAUGUGUAUACUUCGUUGUAUAUAAGUGUACUGUAUAUCCUUUUUCUCUAAACAGAACUGGGUAUGUUUAGUGGACAGUUUGAUUAUUCUCAGUGUGUAUAUAUACUUGUUACAUAAACGCCAUGCCCCUGUGAAGGUCUUUGUCAGGAUUGUUUCUGUUCCUGAUCCCUUGAAUACUCGAAAACCCGAGAGAUACAUUGUGCAUAUUACAGGCAAAACUACCUUAGAGUUUAUAGGAAUUUGGUUUGUAGAAAGGAUUCCUUUAUUAAGCCUUGCCUCCUCCACUCAACAUGAUAUGAAUUGUUAAGAAUGUAUAAAGUAUCACUGUUGAGUUUGACUUGUCUAUACUUUUAGUUAAGAAACUAAGGCUAAUGUUAAUUAAGUAAAUGGCAUGUUGAUAGAACCUAUACAUAUUUCGUAUUUAGAUUCCUUAUUCAGAUACUCUGUUCUUUAGUUACAAGUUGGACUUCCUUGUUUUUAUAUUUAAUAACCUGAUAUAAGUUCCUUUUCACAAAAAUAGUGGCUAUACUAGUGUGAUUUUAAGUAUGUCUGGAGACUGAACAUUGAAGUGAAUCAUCAAGCUCAUUGAGAUUUGUCACUUAAAAUGUACUGAUGCUUGUUAUGAGGCAAAUAGCUGUUCCGUUCCAUCUUUCUGGAGGGUAAGUGACUCUCUAGGGUGACUGUGAUGGUUGUGGCGUUCACCUAGUUCACUAUAGUUACCAUUUCAGCACGUACGAUGUCCCGGCCACCUGGGUGAGUGAAUGCAGCUUCUCCACAUGCCUUAUUCCCACAGACACGCUGAUGCUGGGACAAUCUGGCUCCAGGAGUAUUAAUAUACUUUUUUGAGACUGUCUACAAAAUGCUAUUUUGUAAAAACUAUGCCUUUAAAUAGACACCGGUGGGUUAUAUUUGUUUUAUAAUAAUUGUGUACCUAAUGUUCAGUUGCAAUUGAUUUUGAGAGUUAUGUAUAUUUAUAAGCCUGUCCUAUGUGAAUUUUUACUCUAAGAUAUGAUACCUUACUAAUAGAGACAUGGAUUUCUAUUUAUGUAAAGUAAUUGUAGCAACAUUCCUAGAUGCUACCUAAAUGAUUGUUCGGUCCAUUUGCCAUCACAAAUCCUUUUAUCUUUAGAGAAUUAUGUUACAGUUAGAAUAUAUUAACUAGAUUUAAACUUUAAAAGUAUAAAUUCUCAACAUGGUUUGAAAUUCUUCCUGUUGAUACAAUUAAAGUUAGUUUAUAAUUCCUUA